CCACCCCUAGCACUUUCUGGGACACCCUGCAUGGAGGGACUUAAAUGAGUAUUUGUUAAAAAAAAAAAAAAAAAGCUUUUUCGUAUAUUCAAAUGUCAUUGAAGCACCUUCAUUGGUAGACCCAGCCCUGACCUGAACCUCUGCGCUAGGCAUUCUCAUUUAAAAGUGGUCUCUGACUCACAAGAGACAAAGAACUAGAAAAGGCCUGGGCCAGGUUUGCCUCUUUACUCCUCUUCGGAUGCACAAUUCCAGACCAAAAUUGAAAAAAAAUGGUUGACCUCAUCCAACUAAUGGAGAAUGAAGUAUUCACGGCCUUUGUCUCCUUUACAACAAACAUUCUUUCAAAACUGAUGUUUGUGAGUACUGCAACUGCACUCUAUAGGUCAGCAAGAAAGGUUUUUGUCAACCCAGAAGACUGUGCACAGUACGGCAAAGGCAAAAAUGCCAAACGGUAUCUUUGGACACACGGCGUGGUGGAACAUAUACAAAGACCCACCUGAAUGACCUUGAAAAUAUCAUGCCAUUUCUUGGCAUUCGCCUUCUGUAUUCCUUGAGUGAUCCAGAUGUCUCAACAGCCCUCCAGCACUUCAGACUCUUUGCUGGA